CGUCAAGAGAGCUCCGUGUUUGACAGAUGCCAGUUCGGGGGAAGCCGCCUCAUUCAACGCCGAGGAGCGACGCAGGGCGGCGGGGGGCUGUGGCCGGGAUUCUGUGGCGCCGCUGAAGAGGACCUCCGCCGGCAGGAAUCAUGUCCGGCUCCUGUAACAACUUCCAGCUGAACAUGUACACCAAAAGCAAAUGCCAGAACUGCUUCAAGUCCCGGGAGGCGCAUCGCUUAAGCGACAGCGACCGGGAGCAGGCGAGGCCCGUCUAUGCUGGCUGGCUGUGUUUGGCUCCUGUCGGCACAGAUUUUGACAAUCCGAUGCAGAGGUCAAGGAAAUGGCAGCGGCGCUUCUUCAUCCUGUAUGAACACGGCAGCCUGACCUACGCACUGGAUGAACUGCCCAGCACUCUGCCACAGGGGACCGUGAACAUGAACCUCUGCGCCAACGUCACAGACGCCGAGCACAGGACGGGCCAGAGAAACGCCCUCUGCAUCGCCACCCCCCCGCAGGAGAUAUUCAUCCGCGGUGAAACCAAAGAGAUCAUUAACGGCUGGAGUGAACGGUUCGCCGUUUAUCUGGGGACAAGCAAACAAAAUCAGAAGAAAAAACGCAAAGUCGACCCUGUGGCCAAUCAGGACCCCAGUCCUGCCAAGAUGGCCGCCACCGGUCAGAGCAGUCCUGCCUCGGAGGCCGGAUCUGCAGACUCCCACCGCUGGCAGGAGGAGCGGCGUGCUGCAGGACCAGACGUGACCCCGGUCUGGACCGUCACCACCUCAGAUCCUCCGGGUCCUGAGUGGACCCCCGCAGGUAACCCCCCCUCCCACGCGUGCCAGGCCUCCGGGGGCUCUCUGACCUCGGAUAUCGGCGGACGCUCCCGGGACUCAGCGGCGGCCGGUCGCUACGACCCGCUGACCAGGCCGGGCAGCGGCCACACGUUGGCAAACGGUCAGAACCAGACACCGGACAGAAGCCUGGAUCGCUCAGGAGAGAAGCUGCCGGGAUCGGAGUCCACCAGCAGAGCACUGAGAGGUGGAGCAGCCGUACCCAGACAGGGCAGAACCGAGGCUCGAACUACCGGUCGAGAGAAACUGCUGUCAGCAGGAGACAGAAGUCAGCUUAAUGUUCCUCGUCCUCAGAGAAGAUCCAAGUCUCUGGACCGCCGCACAUCCGACACGGCCAUGACGCCAGAUUUAUUGAACUUCAAGAAAGGCUGGAUGAUGAAGCUGGAUGAAGACGAAGAGUGGAAGAAAUACUGGUUUGUGUUGUCGACGGCCAGCCUGAGAUACUACAAGGACUCAUUGGCCGAGGAGUCUUCGGACCUGGAAGGAGAAAUUGACCUGACAAAGUGUUACAGCGUGACCGAAUAUCAGGUCCAGAGAAACUACGGCUUCCAGAUCCACACCCAGAAGGCCGUCCACACGCUGUCCGCCAUGACCGCAGGGAUACGCAGGAACUGGAUCCAAGCGCUGAUGAAGAACGUGCGUCCAGCCGAGGCCCCCGACGUGGCCAAAUUACCUGGCCACCAUAACACCUGCAGCCCACCUGAGGUCAUCCCCAAACCAGACGUGACGCAGGACUCCGCCUCCAACAACGUUCCUGCAGUCAGAGAGCAUCGCUCCGAGCCCAGCAGCGCCGCGGGCCGACCGGGUCGCUCUGAGGACCGGCUGACGGCGCAGCGACCCGGGACCGGAGCGCCGGGCUCUCUGGAGCUGGGCGAUCUGGAGAGACGGAGGAGGCGGGAUGAGAGGAGGAGGAGGUACGAGAGCUUGCUGGGCUUCUCUCUGGGGAGAGGGGAGACGCGGAGCCCCGAGGACGGCGCCGCGCAGGCUCUGAGUCCCAAGUCCCAGCGGAAAAUGGAGGAGAAGAUAGCAGAGUGCUGGAGGCAGGUGGAGAAGACCACGCUGAGACCGGAGAGGACGGUGACGCUGUCAGCGGAGGCCAGGGAGGCUCUGGAGCUGGAGACGCUGCUGCAGGGCUGCAGGGGGGUGGUGGACGAGCUGAAGGCCCAGCUGGCAGAUUCGGAGCGUCGCCGACUCCACCUGGAAGCUGCAGCAUUCAGACACAAGCAGGACCGUCUUUUUUUCCCAGCCGACGGGAAAGCAUCGCCGCAGACAGACCUAAAGGUUGCAGACGGAUUGUUCAGAGAGGAUCAGCAGAAGGAUUCUCACCCUAAACCCCCAUCAGAGCCACAGCUGUCCGGCAUCUGGAUGUCUGACUCUGGAGGCUUUUCACCAGAGUCAGUUUUAGUUGCAGCUGCAUCCGACGGGCAGCGUGAAGCAUCUCACGUUGAUGGGCGAGAUUUACGAGCGAGCUGUGAUUCCCGCCUCCAGAACCGGCUGUCUGUGGUGCAAAACGAGCCCGAAGGCAGAAAUGACUCCUCUGAGAACCACGCGGCCGCGGAUCCGUCCGCCAUGCAGAGGCUUUCCGGAGAGGUGGAGCAGCUCGCCAGUCAGAACCGAGCUCUGAACCAACGCAACCAGGAGAUGGUGAACCAGCUGACCGAGGCCGACAGAGAGAUAGAGAGGCUGAAAGCCGAACUGGGCAGCAGAUACGGCGAGCCCCGUCACCCUGCUGAGGCGGAGCGACAGGGAAAGGCGACGCUGGAAGACCUGGAGAGGCGGCUGGGGCUGAGGAGCCAGGAGCUCCUGGAGGCUCAGGCGCAGAUCUCCUCCCUGGAGGAAAGUCUCAGAGAGACGGAGGCGCUUCUGCAGCUCAAAGACGAGAAAGGCGGAUCAGAAGACGAGAGAAAGGCAGAACUGCUUCAGCGCCUGGAUGCCACCGAGGCCCGGCUGACGGAGCUGCAGCGGACCUGCCGGCAGCUGGAGCAGCAGAACGCGGAGCUGAAGGAAACACGAGAACGGAGCCUGCAGAGAGAGGCAGACGUCCGGAGGCCGGCGGAGGAGAAAGCAGCAGGAAGGGUUCCUGCUGAAGAGAAGGUCCAGCAGGCGAUAGAAGGAGCGGCAACAAGGCUGCGAGCUCUGAGGAAACUCCUGGAGCUCGUCGAGCGUUUGGACCUGACUGCAGAAGGCGAGGAAGAGGAGGAGAGCGUCGAAGUGGCGAACCAGCUGAGGUGGGAGGAAAGGUUUUGGAAAUCUCUCCUGAACACGAUGAAGAACGAUGCGUGGGAGCUGAAGGAGCCGCUGGGAGAGCGUCUCUGCGAGGUGGUGGAGGAUCUGAUGCUGGAGAAUCAGAUGGUGCUGGCAGGACACGAGCUGCUCCUUCAUCCCGAGGAUGAAUGUGGGAGCGACGCUACGAAGGAGACGAACGUCACCUCGAUGCCUGAAAGUGGCUCAGACAACAGAAGAGAGGAAAACGGUGGAUUUGCUGCUGAAGAUCAGCUGAGGAACCUGAAAGCUCUCACACAGACCAAAAUAUCUUCCCUAAACCUGCUGGCCUCUUCCUCCUCCUCCUCCUCCUCCUCCUCCUCCUCCUCCUCCUCUGCUCUACGCAGACUGCAGCCCACCGCAGACAGACUCCAUAGCUUUUACUCUUCCCACGUCUCCCUCUUUCACUCUGCGGCCACUGCAGCGUUCUGCUGCUGCCUGGUGAGCCGGCUCCGGUCCAAACACCAGAGACGGACCUGUCCCUCCUGUGUCGGCCUCAGCGAGGAGAACGAAGCGCUGAAAACGAGGCUGUCGGCUUCAGGCGGCGCCAAGAGGAGCUCAGGUUGUCAGACCGAUGGAAGAUCCCAGCAGAGCGCAGGAGGAGAUGACGCGGAGCGAGCGCUCCACACGGAGGAGGUGAUGGAGAACGAAAGUCCUCCGACCGGAGAGCAGAAGAGCUCUGAUGAAGGUUCAGACGGAAGUGAGGAGGAAGAGUCCGACGUGCAGCAUAUCUCCGCUCUGAGAGCAAAAGUGGAGGAGCUGGAGGAGCAGCUGCGUGUUUCAGAGGACAAGCUGAAGGAGGAGUUUGCCGAGACGACGAGACGCGUGCAGGAGCAGCACGAGGAGGAGAUAGCAAAGCUGAAGGCCACAUGUGAGCGCGGCCUCGUCGCCGUCGAGGACUGUCAUCUGAGGGUGGUGGAGGAGCUCCAGCGUCUGCACCAGCAGGAGGUGGAGCGCCUCCUGGUGGAGAGAGAGAGGCUGCUGGAGGAGGAGAGCGCUGCCACCGCCACCGCCAUCGAAGCCAUCAAGAACGCACACCGAGCGGAGCUGCAGAGGGAGGUCCAGAGGAGGAGUCGGUCUGAGAACUUCAAGGGGAACGCACAGCUGGAGGAGAUCCACCGGCAGCACAGGGAGGAGCUGGCCUCCUUCCAGCGGGAGCUGGACGUUCUGUCCCAGCAGUUCUCCCUCAAGUGUCUGGAGAACGGCCAUCUGGUCCAGGCUCUGGACGCCGAGAGGAAGGCCUUGUGUCAGUGUCAGCAGGAGAACCAGGACCUGAGGAGCAGGAACCAGGAGCUGAGCGGCCACCUGGCGGCAGAGAUGACCAGACUGUGUUCUCUGGCCAAGCAGGACCAGCUGCCUCUGGGUCAGAGGAUGGACGUGUACGAGAUGGCGAUCACGUUGCGAGUGAAGGAGUCUGAGGUUCAGUGCUUGAAGCAGGAGGUUGCAUCUUUAAAGGAGGAGCUGCAGGCGGCAGUGAAGGACAAGAGGAAUGUAACGAAGAAGUACAAGGACGUCCACACUGAGCUGAGCAUCAUCAGAGCGAAGGCGGAGCAGGAGGCGGAGACGCUCAGGGAGAACCUGAGGCUGGCCCAUCAGGCGCUGGAAGAAAACUCCUCCUGAUUUUCAGCUGGAUUCACACAUCCCUGUUCUGAUUGUUUUCUCCUCUGUGACACAAGUCUGUUUAUCUUAACACAUUAAUGAUGAAAUAGGCUUUUGUUUUUGUGUUAAGUUUUUUGUUUACCUGCUACAAUGAAUAAAUUUUUUCUAAUGUA